GUCGGCUGUCAAUCACCUCGUGCUUUUCAAUUCCGUGUCCGGUAGCGGUUGCAAAAUAAGUGGAGUGUGGAGUGGAAAGGACACUUCGCACAGACGCUGAGAAGAGUUUGGUCUUUCAGCAAAAUGGUGUUGGCUGAAGUGCUCCAGGUGUUGAGGGGGGCUGGCAAGGUGGGCGCUGCCUUUGCCACCAAUCAGGGUGAACAGCUCAGGAUCAUAGCCUGCAACUCGACCUUUGGUGCAGGGGUCAAAGCCGCGCAGGAGGCAGUUGAGGGCGUGAUGGGCACUGUGAUGGGAGCAGACGUGACGCCCAAGACUGAAGAAUUCCCUGACAUUGAGAAGUGGGAGGAGGUGGACCCAGAUGAAGUAGCUAAAUGGGCUGUGGGCUCUGAAAUGCCACCAGAGUUUUCCAGCAAGGAUGGAAGGGAGGAAACUUCAGAGAUGCCUGUUGGUGCUCCUACUGGCACGGUCAAAAGAAAUGGGUGGCCUGCUCAAAGCACUCAAUUUUUGCAUGCAUCAGUGUCUCAUCAUCCUAUUAGGUUUGUCCAUGACUCGAUGGUUGCCAGGUUAAGCCCUGAAGACAUUAAAAAGGCAAGGGAGGCAAAACAGAAUUUUACAAGACCCGUACGACAAAAGCUUAGUGAGCGAGCGAGAGAACGCAAAGUGCCCGCAACCCGAAUAAGCCGACUGGCUAAUUUUGGAGGAUUAGCUUUCGGACUUGGCAUCGGUGCUAUUGCGGAGGUUGCGAAGCAGUCUUUUGAAGGAAAACGCUCAGAUACGGGGGCUCUUUUAGACUCUCCCCUCCUGUCAGAGGCCAACGCAGAGAGAAUUGUGGACACGCUGUGUAAAGUUAGAGGAGCGGCCCUCAAAAUUGGACAGAUGCUAAGCAUUCAGGAUAAUAGCUUCAUUAACCCACAACUGCAGAAAAUAUUUGAGAGGGUUCGACAGAGUGCAGACUUCAUGCCAGCCUGGCAAAUGCAUAAAGUGCUUGAGGAGGAGUUAGGGUCUGAAUGGAAGGAGAAACUCUCAUCAUUUGAGGAAAAACCCUUUGCCGCUGCCUCCAUUGGUCAAGUGCAUCAUGGAGUCUUGCCUGAUGGGAGGGAAAUUGCUAUGAAGAUACAGUACCCUGGCGUUGCUGAGAGCAUUCGUAGUGACAUCAACAACCUCAUGUCUGUUCUGAAGAUGAGUGUUGUGCUGCCUGAUGGUCUAUUUGCUGACAGUAGUCUUGAAGUUCUACAGAAGGAACUGGCAUGGGAGUGUGACUACAAGAGAGAGGCAGAAUGUGCAAAGCGGUUUAGGGAGUUAGUUGAAGGUGAUCCAGUAUUCGUGGUCCCUGAGGUUUUUGAUGAGCUGUCGUGUGGUCGUGUGAUCUCUAUGGAGCUGGUUCAUGGAGUUCCACUGGACCGCUGUGUUGACUUGAAUCAGGACACUAGAAAUGAGAUCUGUUUUAACAUCCUGCAGUUGUGUUUGAGAGAGCUGUUUGAGUUCCGCUUCAUGCAGACAGACCCGAACUGGUCCAACUUCUUCUAUAACAAAGAACAGAACAAGAUAUAUCUGUUGGACUUUGGAGCAUGUCGAGACUACCCAGAGUCGUUCACUGAUGAUUACAUCCAGGUGGUUCAUGCAGCAUCAGUCGGAGACAGGGCUACUGUUUUGCAGAAAUCGAAAGAUCUGAAGUUCCUUACCGGUUUCGAAGCCAAGGCCUUUGAGGACGCACACGUAGAGGCAGUCAUGAUCCUCGGCGAAGCGUUUGCUUCUACCGAAGCGUUUGACUUCGGCAGUCAGAGCACCACGCAGCGCAUCCAGAGCCUGAUCCCGGUCAUGCUUCGACACCGUCUCACCCCUCCUCCAGAGGAGUCCUACUCUCUGCACCGCAAAAUGGCUGGCUCCUUCCUCAUCUGUUCCAAGCUGAAAGCCCGCUUUCCCUGCCGAAACAUGUUCCUUGACGUUUACAAUGCCUACCAAAGUAAGAGACGGGAAAGAUGCGCCCAGAUUUAGACUGGUGGAGUUUGGACUGUGGGAGAUGGCACUACAACCAAGAGCGGCGUUUUCUUGUAUGUGUCGUAGAAGUGAAUUUGUUGUAUGUUUUAUAUGUGAUGUUCACUCAAGAACUCGAUGUUAGAUGUUGAACUUCUGAGAGACAUUGUUUAUUUGUAAAUCUGCAAAUUCAGUUCAAAUGUUUCAUAAUUCUAUAUGUCCAACAUUGUUUAUACUUUUUUUUUUUUUUUUUAAAUUUAAGUUUAAACAACGACAAACACGGCAAAAUGCUCUCAAACUUUAUCACACACACUCUGAGGGAAAAGGUGUAUAUAUGUAGGAUUUGCUCAAAAAUCAGUGUUACGAUUAUUGCCAAGCUUUUAAAAUUAAUAUUAAACGAUCAACAGAAUUUCCUUCAGUGGCGUGAAAUGCAUUUAACAAUUGUAACAGUAGAGUUUUAGAUGGGACAAUUUGAUUUGACAUCAUGUUGCUAUUUAUUUCACGUUAGGAAAGUCAUUUUGUGCAAUAUGUCACUUUUCAUCGUUAAAAGUAUUUAAACAGUCACUGUAAACGGUGUUUAUUAUACUGACUAGAGUACGUAAAAAGAGCAAUCAUAUUUAAUCUAACAUUAAAUCAGAGCUUUCACCCAGAUAUUCUGCUUGCCUGUUUAUUCAGCAAUACGUAUUUAUUUAUUUUUGAAAUGCUCGCAGUGUGAACUCCAAUUUUUCAUGUAUUCAUUUAUAAAUAAAGCCAAAUAAUUAAAAUGCA